GGCAGCAGCGGGCCCCUUGGGGCGGACCCCUCACCCACCCAGGGCUGGGGAUUGGUGCUGGGCCUUCUCCGGGCAGUGCGGGCCCCAGCCCCCUGCCCGGUAUGGAUGGACGCCAGGCCCUGGCGGCUCCAGAACCCAUCGUGGGGUGAGAUGGGAUUACGACACCAAGCCCAUACCACGGGCUGUGCUGAGGCCAGCAGCGCUGAGGGGCGGAGUGGCAGGACCCUGUCCAGGCUCAGCUGUGGCCCACUGGCUCUGCAUUUCCUGCCUGAAACCCACCCUGUAGCCUCCUGAAGCUCACCCGCCCAAUGGGGAGGGAACAGGCUGGGCUGCCACCGCACACACGUGUGCCUGGGGUCAGAAUGUCACAGUCAGUGGACACAGGUGCAGGCAAGCCUGAGUCCGGCUGCUCUGCGUCCACCUCCCGCUCCCCAGGCCGGCGAACAGUCCUGCUGUCCCCCCCAUGUCCACACCAGAACCCUCCAUUCCCCAUCCAAACCAUCGCCUCCUCUCUCGGAGACACCCUCCCCACCCCUCCACAACCUGCCCUGUGGGUCCUGGGGCUGGCGGAAGUCUCAGGAAGAGGCCUCCUACGUCUCUGCCAAGCCUUGUGGGUGCUGGGACCCCAAGUCUGCCGGGGGAGCAGCGUUCAGACACCAGCCCAGCCCAUCCGCUUGGCCUUGGAACAGAAUCUGAGAGGGGUCCACUGGAUGGGGCCCAAGCUACAACUUCACCCACCUGGAUGGGUACCUGGACCUUCUCAGGGAGAACCAGCUCCUCCCAGGGUUUGAGCUGAUGGGCAGCGCCUCGGGCCACUUCACCGACUUUGAGGACAAGCAGCAGGUGUUUGAGUGGAAGGACUUGGUCUCCAGCCUGGCCAGGAGAUACAUCGGUAGGUACGGACUGGCGCAUGUUUCCAAAUGGAACUUCGAGACGUGGAACGAGCCGGACCACCACGACUUUGACAACGUCUCCAUGACCAUGCAAGGCUUCCUGAACUACUACGAUGCCUGCUCGGAGGGUCUGCGCGCGGCCAGCCCGACCCUGCGGCUGGGAGGCCCUGGCGACUCCUUCCACACCCCACCGCGAUCCCCGCUGAGCUGGGGCCUCCUGCGCCACUGCCACGACGGUACCAACUUCUUCACCGGGGAGGUGGGCGUGCGGCUGGACUACAUCUCCCUCCACAGGAAGGGUGCGCGCAGCUCCAUCUCCAUCCUGGAGCAGGAGAAGGCCGUCGCGCAGCAGAUCCGGCAGCUCUUCCCCAAGUUUGCGGACACCCCCAUUUACAACGACGAGGCGGACCCGCUGGUGGGCUGGUCCCUGCCCCAGCCGUGGAGGGCUGACGUGACCUAUGCGGCCAUGGUGGUGAAGGUCAUCGCCCAGCAUCAGAACCUGCUACUGGCCAACACCAGUUCCACCAUCCCCUACGCGCUCCUGAGCAACGACAAUGCCUUCCUGAGCUACCACCCGCACCCCUUCGCGCAGCGCACGCUCACCGCGCGCUUCCAGGUCAACAACACCCGCCCGCCGCACGUGCAGCUGGUUCGCAAGCCGGUGCUCACAGCCAUGGGGCUGCUGGCGCUGCUGGACGAGGAGCAGCUCUGGGCCGAGGUGUCUCGGGCCGGGACGGUCCUGGACAGCAACCACACGGUGGGCGUCCUGGCCAGCGUCCACCGCCCCGAGGGCCCAGCCGACGCCUGGCGUGCCGCCGUGCUGAUCUACGCGAGCGACGACACCCGCGCCCACCCCAACCGCAGCGUCGCGGUGACGCUGCAGCUGCGCGGGGUGCCCCCCGGCCCGGGCCUGGUCUACGUCACGCGCUACCUGGACAACCGGCUCUGCAGCCCCGACGGCGAGUGGCGGCGCCUGGGCCGGCCUGUCUUCCCCUCUGCUGAGCAGUUCCGGCGCAUGCGCGCGGCCGAGGACCCGGUGGCCGCGAUGCCGCGCCCCUUCCCCGCCAGCGGCCGCCUGACCCUGCGCCCCGCGCUGCGGCUGCCGUCGCUUCUGCUGGUGCACGUGUGCGCGCGCCCUGAGAAGCCGCCCGGCCAGGUCACGCGGCUCCGUGCCCUGCCCUUGACCCAAGGGCAGCUGGUUCUGGUCUGGUCGGAUGAACACGUGGGCUCCAAGUGCCUGUGGACAUACGAGAUCCAGUUCUCUCAGGAUGGUAAGGUGUACACCCCAGUCAGCAGGAAGCCAUCGACCUUCAAUCUCUUUGUGUUCAGCCCAGAUACAGGUGCUGUCUCCGGCUCCUAUCGAGUUCGAGCCCUGGACUACUGGGCCCGACCAGGCCCCUUCUCCAACCCUGUGCCAUAUCUGGAGGUCCCUGUGCCAAGAGGGCCCCCACCCCCUGGAAAUCCAUGAGCCUGUGCUGACCCCACUGGGCUGCACCUCCACUGGCAGUCAGCGAGCUGGGGUUGCACCGCGCCCACGCUGCCCUCCCAUCACCCCUUUUGCAAUAUAUUUUUAUAUUUUAUUA